AUGGUGUCAAUCAAAGCUACAGUGACGGUGAUCACUCUCUUCACCUUUUGUCUGCUGUCUACAAGCACAUCUGCGGCUUAUCAUGGAUGUUGUCGAAGUUACAUGACAACCAAAAUACCAUUUCGGGCAAUCAAGGGGUACUCAGUCCAGACCGUUACAGAGCUUUGUCCCAUCAAUGCCAUCAUUUUCCACACAAAGAAGGGUAAAGCCUGCACCAAUCCUGCUUUGAACUGGGUGAUGAACUAUGUCGACCUUUUAAGGAAUAAAGCACAAAUGGUUCACAUCAAGACCUCGCAAGCGCAGAUAUAGAGUUGGUGCUGCAGAGAUGGUGGAGCCCCGCUGCAGCAAGCAAUUUUCUAUCUCAGCUUUGCGUGUUUUCCAGUUUUAUAACUCAGUGAACUCCUGUUUGAAGUUGCUUUAAUAAAACUGCUGACAAUUAAAACAAAUGUCAUUAUGCAAUACUG